AUGAUGUCCAGCGAAGAAACCCGAAUCUUGUCCGACCCUGAACAAGUCGUAGAACCCGGAAGCUCCGACUUGACAGAUUUCCGACUGAGCUGGAUAUAUAAGCUCAGAGAGGAACAACUAGACAUGGAACUGGAGAAAUUCCGCCUAGACGUCUCCGGGACCGUAGAGGAAAAGAAGAAACGACUGGUGAGGUUCAUUAAAGACGGAUGUGCAUCACCGCAACCCAGGCACACCGCCCCCGCUUUCGUCGUACCACCACCACCGCCGCUUGUCGUGCCGACCACAGCAGGUGGACCGCUGGUCAGCAACCUUUCAGCCCCGCUUAGCAUCAGCACAGUAUGUGAGAGAGUAAGGAAGUGGAACCUGCACUUCAAUGGAAGGACCGAUCCUGUGGAGUUCUUGGAGAAGCUCUGCGAAUUCCAAGAACACAGCGACAUACCAACGUCGGCCGUAUUACCCGCCCUGUAUGAAAUAUUUCAAGGCAACGCUUUAGCCUGGUACCGGAACAACCGCAACUUAUGGAACUGUUGGGACGAUUUUAUUGGCGACUUCAAACAGUUCUACCUGCCCGCCAAUUAUGAAUCGUUCCUGGAAGAACAAAUAUUCCAGCGCCGCCAGAAAGUAGGGGAGUCCGGCCGAGACUACCUAGUCUCCUUACAGACUUUGCUACGCCGACAUGGAGGAUUCUCGUCUGACCGAGCCCUGCAACGACUGUAUGGAAAUCUGCUUCCCGAAUACCGGCAGUACAUCCGCCAAAGCGAGAUCCAGAGUCCACGUGACCUGAUUCGUCAAGUGGAGGAAUACGAAGCUCUGCAGAGAGAGAUCGCGGCUAACCGCCCUGCUAAACCAACCGCGCCAUCUCCGCCUAACUUCGUCCGUAACCAGGCACCAGUAGCUGUUCGACCGCCCGUAACACCACCACCAGCAAGGACCCAGACGACUCCGGUGGUAAGAUCUGAUCCGCCAAGAACAACCCGACCAGAACAACAACCAAUUGAGACAUCCCCGAUUAGACCUCAGAAUAGGAGAGACGUCCGUGCACCAGAAGAACAACCGUCGACUUCCACCGCCAACAUGUGGACAGUCUGGAAUCAUGACAAGGGACUGCUCAUGUUCCCAGUCGGAAAACUAGACCGGAACCGUACCGUUACGAGGCCUGUACCGUUCCGUCCUAGUCUUGGCUCGCAAACAAUAUCCGCCCACCACCCGGACAAUCGACCGCACGUACCAAUCCGGAUUCAAGGAAAAACCUUCCUGGCCCUGAUCGACACCGGAGCAGCACGCUCAUAUGUAGGAGAUCGAAUCCGCCAACUGGGCCUACACUAUGAGACCGCUACCGCACCAGCCGUUCAGCUAGCAAAUGGUAAUUUGGUGACAGUAACCGAAGUUUAUCAGAUCCAAUUCCGGAUAAGGAAUAAAGAAUUUGAUGAGAGGCUAUGGUAUCUCCCGAAUUUAUCCUCCGAUGUUGUGCUAGGAAUGGACAUCCUGCGCAAGCACAAUUUCUUGAUAAAUCCGUCCGCUGCUACCGUUAGCCUGGAUAAUACCGUCAUCUCGUCGACACCAAGCCCCGAUGUAGAUCCCUUGGAGGUUCUGUCGUCAACCACAUCACCAACGGAGGAAGAGAAGCUAGAAUCCUUCUUGGAGACCGAUUUACCUAGCUUCAAGGAUUUACAUGGUACUACUGGCUUGAUACAACACCAGAUCCGCUUGUCACAGUCCGAACCAAUCAAACAAAGGUACCGCCCGCAAAACCCGAGGAUGCAGGACAUUAUCAACAAGGAAGUUGAUGAAAUGCUGCACAACGGGAUAAUAGAGCCGUCCGACAGCCCGUGGAGUUCACCCGUCGUCAUCGUCCGCAAAAAGGAUGGAAAACCUCGAUUCUGCAUCGACUUCCGAAAAGUCAACGAGGUUACCGAGAAAGACGCCUACCCGUUACCGUACAUCAACGCGAUACUGGACAAGCUCCGCAAGGCCAGAUAUAUCUCCAGUUUAGACCUCAAGCAGGGAUACUGGCAGAUUCCACUUACUGCCGAGAGCAAACCGAUCACUGCUUUCACCGUCCCCGGCAGAGGCCUGUUCCAGUUUCGAGUCAUGCCUUUUGGACUUCACUCGGCUCCUGCUACAUUCCAACGACUCCUAGAUAGGAUCAUUGGACCGGAAAUGGAACCCUAUGCGUUUGCCUACCUGGAUGACAUCAUUGUAUUAGGGGAAACCUUUGAAGAACACCUGGACAAUUUACGAGAAGUAUUCCGCCGACUACGAAUGGCUAACCUGCAGCUAAACCCCGACAAAUGCGAGUUCUGCAGGAAGUCGCUCAAAUACCUAGGACAUAUCGUCACCGCUGAGGGAUUCAGACAGAUCCUGAAAAGGUGGACUCGAUCAAGAAGUUCCCCACCCCUCGAAACAUCCGAGACGUCCGCCGCUUCCUAG